AUGAUUGAUCAAACAAAUGAAACAUUGACAAAACCAUCAGAUUCUUUUUACGAUAAUAAUGAUAGUACAAUAUUACCAUCAUUAUUAAUGUCAGAUAUUCCGAUAGUAACUUCAAAACCACCAAUUUAUCGUCUACAAACUCAAAGUUCUAAUUCUUCAUAUACUUCUGAACAUGAUAUUACUGAUGUAUCAUCAAUUAAAGAACACCAACAACAUCCAUUUCAUCUUGAAUCAAUGAAAAAUGUUCUAUUUGGUUUAUCAGCUCGUACAAGUAGUCUACCUUCACCUACAUAUUCCGAUCAACAACAAUUCAAUAAAAAAAACAUGCAAAUUGUAACUGAUAAUUAUUAUCAACAACCAUAUAUUCAUAAUCAUAAUCAUCAUAAUCAUCAUCGAAUUCGUUUAACUUCAUCAGCAAUCAAUCGUCAACAACAACAACAAAGAAUUGAACGUGAAAAUUUAAAAAUUUUAGAACGUCUUCAAAAUAUUCGUCCAACUCGUAGUUUAAAACGAGAUGAACUAUUAUCUAAUUAUGAUCAUCUUAUGGCUCUUAAUACAUAUUCAAUUGAACCACAUAUUCAUCUUCCUAAACGAUCUUCAAGUACUACAAUUAAUACAUCAUCUACUUUUUCUAUAUCGGAAAGAUCCCAACGUCCACAAAGUCGACCAUCAUCUGCUACAAAUUCAUUAAAUAAUAAUAAUAAUAAUAGUGUACGUUCUCGUCCUGGAUCAACUGGUCAUCGUUCGUCAUCAGCACGAAGACCUAUAUGGAAUGAUCGUUGGCAACAACAAGAAUGA